CGGUUUAGUGUUUGUUGUCCGAAUGAAAGAAACGAUUCUUGUGCGUUGUCUGGUCCUCUGCAGGAGAGUGAGAGGUUGAGGGAGUGCCGUAGAAAGAGGGAGAGAGAUAGAUAUUGAGAUAUAGAUAUAAAAGAACCGCACUUGAGAGAACUAAGAGUUAAGGAAAGGGAGGAGAUUGACAAAGAGAGAGAGAGAGAGAGAGAGAGAGAGAGAGAGAGAGAUUGAAUUAGAGGUACCGUCUCUCGCUCUGCUUGAUCUGUGUGCUCUCGACGAUCAUCAUCAUGGCCAACAAGCUUGUGGUUCUUGGAAUCCCUUGGGAUGUAGACACGGAAGGGUUGAGGCAAUAUAUGAGCAAGUUUGGGCCUUUGGAUGAUUGCGUUGUCAUGAAGGAGCGUUCCACUGGUCGUUCUCGAGGUUUUGGUGGCUACGUAACUUUCUCAUCAGAGGAGGAUGCUAAGGAUUUCAGAAAUUCAGUGGAUUCCAUAAUGGCAGAGUCGCAUGAACUUGGUGGCUCUACUGUGGUUGUUGACCGUGCUACUCCAAGGAAUGAUGACAUGAGAUAUCCAAGCAGAAUGGCACAGGGUGGAUAUGGUGCAUAUAAUGCUUAUAUUUCAGCAGCAACUCGGUAUGCGGCUCUUGGUGCUCCAACGCUAUAUGACCAGUUUGGUUCAGCAUAUGGAAGAGGAUAUUUUGGGCCUUCACGUGGGAUGGGCAGAAAGAUAUUUGUUGGAAGACUUCCCCAGGAGGCAAGUGCUGAAGAUCUGCGCCAGUACUUUGGCAGAUUUGGUCGGAUCGUGGAUGUAUAUGUUCCAAAGGACCCUAAAAGAAGCGGCCAUCGAGGGUUUGGUUUUGUGACUUUUGCUGAUGAUGGUGUAGCAGAUCGCGUGUCGCGCAGAACACACGAAAUUCUUGGACAGGAGGUUGCUAUCGACUCAGCAACACCACUUGAUGAUGCUGGUCCUAGUGGAGGUUUCAUGGACGCUGCUGAGGCUUAUGGAGGGUAUGGUCCUAUGAGAAACUACGGCAGGCUCUACGGCAGCCUUGAUUUUGAUGAUUAUGGUUACGGUGCCAGCGCCAGCGGGAGCAGCAGGCCGUCAAGAUUGGAUUGGAGGUACAGACCUUACUGAUGCAGGUAGCACACUUCUGGUGACUUGUCGGCGGCAUUCACAUUGGACUACUACAUACAAUGCUAAAUUUGUAAGGAUGAUAUGCUUGGAAGUAGUCAGGCUGGGAUAGAUUGUUGAAAACAUUUGAGCAGUGUUAUUAUCAACGUGGUUUGUCACUAUUCUGAACCA